UCCAGGCACUCACAGAGUGAAACAGAGAACUACGCUCAGAUAAGCUGCCAUACAGAACGAGAAGGAGCUGCUUCCUGUAGAAAGCACAAAAAAAAGACAAUAAAGCAGACUGAGUGAGAGCAAGAGGGGGAGAGUAAGUGAGAGCGACACAGAAAGGCAGAUAAGGAGUAGGAAGCGUGCUUGCUCGCUGAGAAACACAUGCCGUAAAAAUGCCCACAAACUUCACGGUGGUUCCCGUGGAUGACGGCAGGAAUUCGCCUCAGGAGGACAGCAAUGAUGACAACGUCUUGCGGGAGGAAGAUGAAGACUCUCCAGGUGAUGGAACCCCCAAGGAAAGCAGUCCUUUCAUCAACUCAGACAAUGACAGGGGCAGCCUCUAUGAUGGCAAAAACAUGGCACUGUUUGAGGAAGAGAUGGAUAGCAACCCAAUGGUGUCAUCGCUUCUCAGCAAACUGGCAAAUUACACCAACCUUACACAGGGGGUCCGGGAGCACGAGGAGGCAGAUGAGGAGGAGGGAGCAAAAAAAAAGCCUGUCAAAAAGAGUCCACAGAUGGGGACAUUCAUGGGAGUCUACCUGCCCUGCCUUCAGAAUAUACUGGGGGUCAUCCUGUUUCUGCGAAUGACCUGGAUUGUUGGAACUGCAGGCAUCUUGGAGGCCUUUAUCAUUGUAUCUAUGUGCUGCUGUUGUACAAUGCUCACAGCCAUAUCUAUGAGUGCCAUUGCUACAAAUGGAGUAGUUCCAGCUGGUGGAUCCUAUUACAUGAUCUCUAGGUCGCUGGGUCCAGAGUUUGGAGGUGCCGUAGGACUGUGUUUCUAUUUGGGCACCACAUUUGCUGGAGCCAUGUACAUCCUUGGUACUAUUGAGAUCCUUCUGUCUUACAUAGUGCCCAAUGCUGCCAUCUUUAAAGCAGAGGAGAAGGAGUUAGAAGCAGCGGCCAUGCUGAACAACAUGCGAGUGUACGGUACCUGCUGCCUAACCCUGAUGGCGCUAGUGGUGUUUGUGGGAGUGAAGUAUGUCAAUAAGUUAGCGCUGGUCUUCCUGGCCUGUGUCAUCCUCUCUAUACUGGCCAUCUAUGCUGGAGUCAUUAAGACCAUCUUCGAGCCACCCGUCUUUCCGGUCUGCUUGCUGGGAAACCGCACACUCCAAAACCAAGACUUUGACAAGUGUUUGAAGACCGAUAUCGUCAACAACGUUACUGUGCCCACAAAGCUGUGGUCUCUAUUUUGUGACACUCCUUAUCUCAAUGCUACCUGCAAUGAGUAUUUCAUGGAAAACAAUGUAACAGAAGUGCAGGGUAUUCCUGGCCUCAAAAGUGGCAUCAUCUCAGAGAACAUGUGGUCGAGCUACAGCCCUGCUGCAGUGCUGGUGGAGAAAAAGAUGGCGUCAGUGGCAACAUCUGAUGCUACUCCGGUCACAUCUUUACCUUAUGUACUCACUGACAUUGCCACCUACUUCACUGUACUUGUGGGCAUCUAUUUUCCUUCGGUCACGGGUAUCAUGGCUGGAUCCAACCGCUCUGGAGACUUGCGGGAUGCACAGAGGUCCAUUCCCAUAGGAACCAUUCUCGCCAUAGCAACUACUACCUUCAUCUACCUCUCCUGUGUGGUGCUCUUCGGUGCUUGCAUUGAAGGAGUGGUCCUCCGAGACAAAUUCGGGGACUCAGUGAAGAAGAAUUUAGUGAUUGGUACUUUAUCAUGGCCGUCUCCAUGGGUGAUCGUGAUUGGCUCGUUUUUCUCCUGCUGCGGAGCCGGGCUGCAGAGUCUCACUGGCGCCCCUCGACUGCUGCAGGCCAUCGCACGAGAUGGCAUUGUGCCUUUCUUAGAGGUGUUUGGGCAUGGAAAAGCGAAUGGAGAACCUACAUGGGCGCUGCUGCUUACUGCUGGUAUCUGUGAAAUCGGCAUUCUCAUCGCCUCGCUGGAUGCUGUGGCUCCCAUCCUGUCCAUGUUCUUCUUGAUGUGUUAUCUGUUUGUGAAUCUGGCCUGUGCUCUUCAGACCCUCCUGCGCACACCUAACUGGCGCCCUCGCUUUAAGUAUUAUCACUGGACACUUUCUUUCCUAGGAAUGAGCCUGUGUCUGGCCUUGAUGUUCAUAUCCUCUUGGUACUAUGCCCUGGUAGCUAUGGUCAUUGCCGGCUGUAUCUACAAAUACAUCGAAUACAGAGGAGCAGAGAAGGAGUGGGGCGAUGGCAUCCGUGGCGUGUCACUCAACGCUGCUCGUUAUGCUCUCAUUCGCCUGGAGGAAGCACCACCGCACACUAAAAACUGGAGACCUCAGCUGCUGGUACUGCUGAAACUGGACUCGGAGCUAAAAGUGAAACACCCUCGUCUUCUCUCCUUAACCACACAGCUGAAGGCAGGUAAAGGACUCACCAUUGUCGGCUCUGUGCUGGAAGGUACCUACCUCACCAAGGACACAGAGGCCAAGAAAGCUGAGCAAAGCAUUAAAGAAGCCAUGACUGCAGAAAAGACCAAGGGGUUUUGUCAUGUGGUGGUGACAUCCAACCUGCGUGAUGGCGUCUCACACCUAAUUCAGUCAGCUGGUCUCGGGGGCAUGAAGCACAACACAGUGCUGAUGGCAUGGCCGAACUCCUGGAAACAGUGCAAUGAUCCACUUUCAUGGAAGAACUUCAUCGAGACUGUGCGAGAGACCACAGCAGCUCAUCAGGCGUUGCUGGUAGCUAAGAAUGUGGACAAUUUCCCUCAGGUGGAGCGGCUACCAGAAGGCACCAUAGAUGUUUGGUGGGUGGUUCACGAUGGAGGAAUGCUUAUGCUGCUGCCUUUCCUGCUCCGCCAACACAAGGUGUGGAGGAAGUGUAAGAUGCGUAUCUUCACUGUAGCACAGAUGGAUGAUAACAGUAUCCAGAUGAAGAAAGACCUUCAGAUGUUCUUGUAUCACCUUCGACUAGAUGCUGAGGUUGAGGUUGUUGAAAUGCACGAUAGUGAUAUCUCAGCUUUCACCUACGAGAAGACCCUCGUUAUGGAGCAGCGGUCACAGAUGCUAAAGCAGAUGCAUCUCUCCCGGACUGAGAGGGAGCGAGAGAUUCAAAGCAUCACUGACGAAUCUCGUAGCUCCAUUCGGAGGAAGAACCACACUCGGGCUCAGAGCUCGGGCUCCAGUAACCAAGGUGCUGCACUGGAAGACGAAAUGGAGAAUGAGGCGCAGCUCAUUCAUGAUAAGAACACAGCAUCCCAUGCUGCGUUAAAUGACAAACCUGAUGCCACUCCUGACCGGGUCCACAUGACCUGGACAAAAGAGAAGUUAAUUAGUGAACGCAAUCGCAACCGGGAGCAGAACGCCAGUAUGGGUGUACGGGAUAUUUUCAACAUGAAACCAGAGUGGGAGAGUCUCAACCAGACAAAUGUAAGGCGGAUGCACACGGCCGUGAAGCUGAAUGAAGUGGUGCUGAAUAAGUCGCAGGACGCUCAGCUGGUCCUCCUCAACAUGCCUGGUCCACCUAAGAACCGUGGAGGAGAUGAAAACUAUAUGGAGUUCCUGGAGGUUUUGUUAGAAGGUCUCAACCGGGUCCUUUUGGUGCGCGGUGGUGGACGAGAAGUAAUCACUAUCUACUCAUAGCACCUUUGUAGUCCCAAAUGUAUUUGAGUAGCAGUGAUGGUGAAGCUGGGAUUGGGUUAGUGGCAGUAUGGAAAACUGUUGAUUCUGGCAGCUUUGGUCUCCGUGGAAAAUGGACAAAGAGGAUCCCCUUUGUCAGGAAGGCAUUUCAAGCAAAAUGUAUAACCACGGAAGGCCAAAGGACAAACAAGCACACCAAAACUAAUGGCACUCAUUGACAUUCUAUUUCUAUUUCAUACAAUGACUUCUAGUUCAUUGUAUUUUGUUAUUCUUCCUUUGCUCUUUAUCAUCCAUGUCUGUUUGUGUUUAGUGAAGGAUUAUGUAAAAUCAGUAAUGCUGUAUGUGCUGAUUGCUAUCAUUUUCUGAAGGAAUCGGUUCCUCAACACAAGGUUUAUUUAAACAGCCAUGAACCUCUUCAGAUUGCGAAGCCAUAUUGAGUACACUUUACAGAGGUUUCAGCAAGACAAGGAGAAUUAGAAUUACUGUUAUUCUCAGGCUGUAAUGGAACACUUCAGCAUAGUGGUGCUGCUUAUCACAGCAGCACUACAUUACAUGUAGCUAUGAGAAGGCCUGGUCAGCUGUUUUAGUUGACACAAGUACUUUUUGUGCGUUUCCACUCACACACAGUGAAGUUACUGAUGUAGCAAGAGUCAGUGUACACUUUUAAAAGAAAAGGCUCUUUAGAAUGAUGCCAUUGAAGAAUUACAACAUUGUGCUAAUAGUCUUUUAACCAUUUUUUUGUUGACACUGAAUAAUAAGAAUACUCAUUUUUGACUACUAAGAUGCUGUAAUAAAAGGGUAGCACUUAUGGUGAGAGAUUUUUUUUUCUCUUUCUCUCUCUCUUUGUCACCUAAAAUGGUUUAAAACUCUAUCAAUGGCAUUAUUCUUAAGAAUCUUAAAGUUUUGUCACCUUAAUUUGUCUUAGUGUAUGUAGUCAAAUCAUUAUAGUUACAGUACAUCAUUCUUUUAUAUAUAUUUUUUAUAUUGUUUAUUUUCUUUAUCAAGAGAAUCUUUCAGAUGUGUCUCAAAAGUUGUGAUCUGCACCAAGUUUCUCUUCAUUUUUAGCUGUCAAGUAUUUAUUUGUGUUUUGUGUUUUAUGCAUAGCGAUAGCUGUGGUAUUUUUGUGCAUGUCAUUCUAGAGGAUAUAAUGUACACAGAUACAUGCAAUAAUUUUGGUUCCUUCAUUACAAGACUAGCAUAUCAUUCUCUCGCAGCUCAAGGGUUUGAUAUACAUUGCUAAGGUAGUCCCAUCAGUGCAGAAGGAAAAUAGCCAUAAUUCUUGCACAAAGAACGUGGACAAUCUUUAUUUUAUUGGAUAUAUAAAAAUACCAUAGGGGCUUGCUGUUAAACAAGACUCCCAAGGAAAAAAGAAAUGUUAGUCAUCAGAAAUUAAUAUAUAUAAAAUAAAUGUAAUAAUGACAUUUUAAAUUUCAACCAAAACCGUAUUCUCAUCUUUUACAGUAGUAACUGCAUCUGUGUGAGACAAAUUAGAUGAACAGCUGCUCAAGUUUUAAAUGCUGGGCCGAUUACUGUUUUUAGUGGUAACAAUCGUCCACACCAUGAAGGAGUUGGUAUUUAACAUACAGGCUACAGGUCAUAUAAGGCAGGUUAUAUACAGUACAUGAAGACAUCGGAGUUUAAAGUGAGCAUAUCUAUAGUCCAUGUGCUCAUAUAGGAUUUUUUUUUUUCUCCCAGAGCAAAUUAAGUUAAAUGUAAGGGCCAGAUUAAUCGAUAGUCCUGUUUUUGUUUAUAAAGCCUGACAAGCUGGUAUUACAAAAGGAGGAAGUACUGUUUGUGAUUUAUCAUUUUACGUUUGUAAGGUAAUGUGAUUGUCCUUUGCAUCAAAGUAUGAUUUGUGCCAAAAAACAAAACAAAAAAACAUACUGGAAAGUGUUUUUGAUGUGUGUGUGUGCGCACAUUAGUGCAUAUGUAUACAGUAUGUGCAUAUGUGUGAAAUUAUGUGUAUUUACAGUCACGCACAGUAAACCACGUAUGUGUAACAUGUAAAUCUUUAAAAAAUCUGUUUUUUGUGAUUGCAGCUUAUGUGGCUUGAAUUGAUUUCUUGUAAGUGAGGUUUGAAACAUUGUUGAGGAGGCACGACCGGAUUCCUUAACGUCAUCUCCGCAGGGUUUUUUUGCCGUGUUCGUCUCCAAUGUCAUUCAAGUCUGGUGUGUUAAAAAAAGGGAUACAUCACUGUAUAUAUUUGAACAGUUUGUUUCUUUCUUUCUUUCUUUAUAUCUUGCUAUCUUUCUUUCUUCUUUGGGUUGUGCAGUAUUUUGUAACCUGAACAUUGUAUUUUCUGCAGUGCAUUGUGAUUGAACUAGUUGUAGAAAGCAAAGUCCAUACCUACAAAGAGACUGUGAUGAAGUGGGACUUUCUUUCUGUGGAGUUUAACAUCCAUGUUUCUAUCCAUGUACUAGUUUACUUAGUCUUGUUGUGCUGUUUGUCAUCUUAGCCUCUACACUUCGGUUAGGCUACUCUAAGUGUUAUGUUAAAUUUUUGUGAAAUAUUGGAAGGGAGAUAAUGAUGUGUUAGAGUUUUGUUCUUGGUUUGUGUUCUGUCCCCUAAAUUAAUUAGAACAUGAUAUUUCUGUGUCUCUGGGAGAACUUUUGUAUGGGACCAGGAUAACGAAUGGGCUGCAGCACUGGUAAAAAUAUUGUUUAUCGCAAUUUCACAUUAGCACCACCUGUUUGGUAUGGGAGAAAAAAAAUCUAUCAAGGUGGGCCAGGAGCACAUGGACUUGAACUAAAAAGAAAUGAUGAUCCAUUGAACCAGAGAAAGAAAGGAUCUACUGAUAUACUGCUACAAGAAGAUCACCGAGAGACUCCACAGAGUGGAAAGGUUGAAAAGCUGUGCCUCGUUAGUUUCUUUUAAACUAAUUUAAAUAACUGUUUGUUUGCUGAUUAUAAAUAGAAGAAAAGAGACCUUUAGUGUGAGUGUGCAUGCGUGUGUGUGUGUGAGAGAGAGAGAGAGAGAGAGAGACAGAAUGAACAGUAAGCAUAUGUAAUUUCUGUGGCAGCGGGAUAUGUAGCAGUAUGAUCAAAAUACUAUACAGAAACUUCUCCGAUUAUAAAGUCCAAACUCCCCAUCGUUUUAAUUAAAAAAAGACCCUCUUUCUCACAUCCACUGUGAUGGACAUGCUUGACCAAAACCUGUACUAGCCUUGUGCAUAUAAUAUGAGAAAGGCACUGAUUGUAGCACAUGUGAAUGCACAGUAGUGGAAAGUAGCCCUUUAAAUUACAUUUGUGCCUCUUACUAAUUUAAAAUAAAGUGCUCAAAUGUA